CAGCUGAUCUCCAGUCAUUCUCUCACCGUCUGAAUUCGCACAGUUCGCCGGAAAAAACAAGUCCUGUGGGAUCAGGAUUAAACUCCAGUCUUUUCAAAUGUCGGAUCAGCUCUUUAAAUUAUUAUCAUCAUCAUUAUCAUCAUCAUCCAAAUCGCAUGUGGUCGCGCGCGGAUGAUGCCCGGAUCGCGUGUCCUUGAGUUGAGCAUCAUCAUCAUCCUCAUCGUCAUCAGCUCGGAAUGUUUCUCCAUCUCACGACCGACUGCAUACGAAAAAACCAGGAUAAAUGUGUGUUUUUCCUGCUGGAGGAGAGCGCAGGCGUGUCGUCUGUAAUGGAGGAGAGCAGAUGAGAAAGUGACGGCGUGUUUUAUUUUGGAGAGGAUCUUCAUUUGGUGUCGAGCAUCAGCAUCGGGGUUUGCGUGAAGAUGCCGAGGAGUUUACGCAGACUGGUGCACCUGGUGCUCUUCUGCCCCUUAUCUAAGGGUUUACAGGCCCGUUUGCCUGCAGUGAAGGUGAAGUACCUGUUGGUGGCGUGGUUUGGGAUUCUGGUGGCCAGCUGGGUGAUUUACAUGCAGUAUUCCUCCUAUUCAGAGCUCUGCAGAGGACACGUCUGCACCAUGCUUAUCUGCGAUCAUUACCGCAGAGGGAUCAUCUCCGGGUCAGCGUGUAAAUCUCUGUGCGAGGAGAAAACCCUGUCUCUUCAUCACUGUCUUUCAACGUCACCAACACACCAGGUGUACAGUGCUGUAUGGAAGGAGAAGGCUGUAUUGGUAAAGUGUGGGAUUGAGGAAAGCAUCAGAGGAGAAAAUGGUCUUGAUUCUCCAUUACGACAUGACAACAACCUCUACGACAAACCCACUCGCGGGACGUCCAUGGAUGAAUUCAGAGCGAUGCUACAUGCCUUCCUCAAGGACAGUGUUGGAGAGCAGUCGUCUCUUAGCACGCUUGUAACUCGUGUGAUUUCUUUAGCGGAUGUCAACAGUGAUGGCAAAGUUUCAUUAGCGGAGGCGAAAUCAGUGUGGGCUUUGCUUCAGAUCAAUGAAUUUGUGUUAAUGGUGGCACUGCAGGAUAAAGAGCAUGCUCCCCGCCUGCUGGGAUUCUGUGGAGACCUUUAUGUGACUGAACACGUGGCACACAGCGCACUCUUCAGGCUGGAGGUGCCCGGCUGGCUGGAGCCAGUGUUUCCGGAAGCGCUGGGCAUUGCUCUUAACCAGUGGCUUGCUCCUGCAUGGCCCCGCAGGGCUAGAAUAACCAUUGGCCUGCUAGAGUUUGUAGAGGAGGUGUUUCAUGGCGUGUAUGGAAGCUUCUACAUAUGUGACGCAAGCCCGAGACGGGUUGGCUACAACGCGAAAUAUGACUUCAAGAUGGCAGAUCUUCAAAGCUUAGCAUCAGAGGCAACAGUAAAAGGUUUUCUACGAGGAAGAACUUGCGAGGCAAAUGCAGAUUGCACUUAUGGACGUGAUUGCACUGCAACGUGUGACCGAUUAGCAAGGCAAUGCAACGUGGAGGUGGUGCAACCCAACCUGGCCAAGGUGUGCGCACUAUUGCAAGACUUUCUGCUCUUUGGAGCACCAUCCGAUCUGAGGGAAGACCUGGAGAAACAGCUGCGCACAUGUGUCACACUCAGUGGACUUGCUUCACAGAUGGAGGUGCAUCACUCCCUUGUUCUGAACAACCUCAAAACACUACUAUGGAAGAAGAUCUCUGAUACCAAGUACUCUUGAGACCAAAAUAAGGUAGUUUAAGAGAAAGGUAAUGAAGAGCUAGAGAACUGGAGGCUUCUAGAGAAUGAAGGUGAGAAUAGCAGAGCAGCCUCUGGAGGACCAAGAGAAUAGCUGAACUCUGCCACCUAUGGACUUAAAAAAUGUUUAACAUCAGUUGCUUUUAACAGCAAAGAGGGGAAGUUGUGUAUGAAGGCUCAGAAAGGGCAUACACUACAUCCACUGUUACUUGAAGAGCCUUUAACCCUAUAGAAAUACCUU